GAUGAGCAGGCAGCAGCUCUAAUGAGGGAACAAGAUGAGCAGGAAGCAGCUCUAAAGAGGGAACAAGAUGAGCAGGUAGCAGCUCUAAAGAGGGAACAGGAGGAUCAAGCAGAGGCCAUAAGAAGGAAAAAGGAGCAAAAAGGAUGCCAAAUUGGUCCCUUCGUGGAUGCGUCGACAUGAACACAGCAACGAGCCUCGCAGAGACCAUGACUUUGCCCGGCGUGGCGGUGGCCUCGGUCUACGCCGUCAUCAGCGUGCUGGGCGUGGUGGGCAACACCACCCUCAUCAGGACGCUGUGUUCCGCCAAGUCCGCUCGCAACGUGCCCAACGUCUUCAUGUCCAGUCUGGCCCUCGGGGACGUCUUGCUGCUGCUGACCUGCGCCCCGGUGGACGCCAGCCGCCACCUGGCGGAGGAGUGGAUGUUCGGGAGGGCGGGCUGCAAAGCCAUCGCCUUCGUCCAGCUGACCUCGGUGGGAGUGUCCGUGUUCACGCUCACGGCGCUCUCUGCUGACAGGUACAAAGUGAUCGUGAGGCCAUUGGACGUCCCAGCAAGACUCUCCACUCGCAGCAUCGUGGUGCGGGCGGCGCUCAUCUGGCUCUUGUCGCUGCUCCUGGCCGUCCCUGAGGCCAUCUUCUCGGACCUGCACACCUUCCACCUGCCCUCCGCCAAUCACAGCCUCCUCACCUGCGCUCCCUUCCCCCACGCGGGUGACCUGCACCCCAGGAUCUACUCCUGCGCCUCCUUCCUCGUCUUCUACCUGCUCCCCCUGCUGCUCAUCUCCGUGUACUACACCCUGAUCGCCCGCAGCCUGAGGAGCAGCGCGCGCAACCUGCCGGUGGAGGGAAACACGCGUGCGAGACAGCAGGUUGAAUCAAGAAAGCGUUUGGCCAAAACUGUUUUAGUGUUUGUUGUCCUCUUUGCACUCUGCUGGCUGCCCACUCACAUCAUCUUCCUGUAUCGCUCUCAUCACUACGCACAGGUGGACACGUCCCCGGCUCACUUCCUGUGCAGCGUGCUCGCUCGGCUCCUGGCCUUCAGCAACUCCUGCUUCAACCCUUUUGCUCUCUACCUGCUCAGCAAGACCUUCCAGAAGCGGUUCCGGCACCACCUGUGUUGCUGCUGCCGUGCGCUCGCCAAACAGAGCACCGCCCACAACAUUCGUAUGACUUCUGUGCGCAGCACACGCCACUCCCUGGCGAGCGCUAGCGCCAUGGACCCGACCAAACAGAACCCUCGGCAGGACUACGUGUGAACAGUAAAGUCCCAGGAAAUUAUACGUGUAAGUCCACAUGAAUCCCCUACGAUGCACGACUGGACGUAGAAAACCCAGCUUGUCACACCGAUGAAGCUGGUUUGAAUUGUUUUGUCUUAACCACUAACGAUGGUGGAAAGGUCCUAGAAUGUACUUCAC